AUAAUUUUAUUUUUAAGAGAAUCAUCUAGCUCAUGACUUUUUCUCUCGUAAGAUCAUUUAGCUUAAAAAUCCUAUCAGACCUGAAAUAAAAAACCCUAACUUCAAUUUAUUUAUUUCUCUCUCAGAAACAACGACACAAUCUCUCAAAUCAUUCUCUCGCCCUAAACCAACCAAAUAAAUCUUUGUUCUUCUGAAUCUCAUUUUUGUUCUUUCUAACUCGGCCUAUUAUUGGUUUAUUCUGUCACCAACUGAUCGAAGAAGACGAGGAAUUCCGUUUAGAUGUAGGGUUUGUGAGAAUAGGUCAUUGGCAGUCGAACUGGGUUCACUAUUACCUGCGCUUCACUCAUUGGAGGGAUUAACCAUUACUUCACUAACAGGUUUUGCAGAAGAAGUGCUGCAGUCAAUGGUUCAGAUUGUAAUUACAUUUGGUUCAAGGCUUCUUAGGCACUGAAAUUAAAUGAAGGGGAAAGGAUUGUUUAGAGAGCAUUCUCCUCGGAGAUCUUCUUUUGGGAAGAAAGUUAGAGGGGAUACUAGUAAUGUUGUUUUCAUUGAUCUCGAUGAUGAUAAUGUUGUUAUAGGGGAUGCUACAAAGUCUUCACAAGAGAAAUUUAAUUGUUCCAGUCAGCAGAGUAAACAUGGGAAAGUUUUGUUCCAAGACAUCAUUAACCUUGAUGAUGAUGAUGAUGAGGACAAUGGUGUGGGUCCUAGGAUUAGUGUUGAUGUUGAUGGGGAUUUGGUUAGUGAUGCCAGCUCAACACAAAGUCGAUACACUGCAUUUAAGACUAUGAGUAACUCUACACAGUCAGAUGCUGAUGAAUGCCAAGUUAUCCCGGAGAAGACCUCUACCUUUCAGUUCUCGAAGUGCAAGCAAACCUACCGUACUAGAUCCUCUGCGCCUAAAAUUGUGCAGAAGAAUACACAGUCUGAUACUGACGAAUGUGAAGUUAUGCCUAAAAUGAACUCUGCGUUCCAGUCCUCAAAGUGCAAACAAACCUAUCAUACCCGAGUUUCUGGCAGAAACCGUUAUGGUCUGGACCCUGACUUUGAGAAUGUUUCAACUGAUGGUGAUUUUUCUGAUUGUGUGUUAAUGGAAGAUUCCUUGGGAAAGGUUCGUGAACAGUGGGAAAGAGCUUCCCUUAAGAGAAAACAUGUUCCAAAUCGAAAUUCCGGUUUACAGGGCCAAGGUAGUGCUUCUAGCUCAAACGGUGAGGUUCCUACAACAUUUGGGAGAGAACAUGUAGAUGUACCUGUUUGUUCUAGUUCAAACGAUAAAAAUUUUCGAAAAGAAAUCCGGUCGGAAUAUGUUACAAGUAAUGCUAGAUAUGUGGAGAGGACUUUCAAACGGCAAGCAGAAAGUGUACCCAUGGAGGAGGAUGAGAGAGUUGAGCAAGAAAAUGUUUUUCACCAGAAACCUAUGUUUGGACAGGAAACAAAAUGCUUCCAUCAAAAUGCUGAUUUUCAGCCUGGAGGAGAUAGUUUUGAUUGUCAAAGUAAUAAUGUAUUUGGUAAUGACGGACCAAGUCCCCAAGGGUCAUUUCAGCCCGGGGGAGGCACAGUUGCAGAAGAUCCCCAAAGUGAUGAAGAUAUUUGUAUGCCUUAUUUUUGGGAUGAAGGACCUAGCCCACAAAAUACAUUUCAACCUGCGGAAGGCACAGCUGUGGAAGAACCCCAAAGUGAUGAAAAUGUUUAUAUCCCUGGUUAUUGGAAUGUAGAGCCAAGCCCCCAAAAUACAUCCCAAUCAGUGGAAGGCACUGUUGUGGAAGAUCCCCAUAGUGAUGAAAAUGAUUAUGUCUCUAGUUUUCAGUAUGAAGAACCAUGUCCCCAAAAAUCUUCCUCUGGGAGGUCUGAGCAAGAUGUGGGUGAUAAACAAUCUGAUUGUCCAGGAGCUCUUUCUGAGAAGGACAAGUCAGAUUCUAGACAAUCUUUAUUUAAAGAUGCAAGUAGUCAUGCGCAAAUUAGCCAAGUUGAUUCCUCAAUGGAAGCCAAGGAACCAAAUGGCAGAAGUCAACUUUGUAGUGUUGCUAUUCCAUCUGCUGACAGAGAUAUAAUCAAUGAACGGGAAAAGCUCAAGGAAACUGAUGAGUACAAGCGAGCAAUAGAGGAGGAGUGGGCAUCUAGGCAGCGAGCGAUAAAAAUUCAGGCAGAGGAGGCCAAUAGAUUGCGCAAGAGAAAAAAAGCUGAAAGCAUGCUUAAAUUCGAUAUUGAAAGAAGGCAAAAGCAACGCAUUGAAGAAGUUAGAGAGACACAAAAGAAGGAUCAAGAAAAUAUUGAUUUGAAGGAGCAACUUCGGUGCCAAAUAAGGACAGAGAUCAACAAAUUGGAAAUAACCUGCGUUGAUAUGGCUUCCUUGCUUCGUGGCUUAGGAAUCCAAGUUAGGGGCGGUUUACGUCCUAUGCCACAAGAUGUACAUUCAGCUUACAAAAAAGCUCUGUUAAAAUUUCAUCCAGACCGAGCAUCGAGAACUGAUAUCCGCCAACAGGUUGAGGCAGAGGAAAAAUUUAAACUUAUUUCCCGCAUGAAGGAGAAGUUUUUAUCAACUUCAUGUUGCUGACCACCACCAUAUAAUUUUCUUCGUGUUCAAUGCUCACAAAUUUUCCGGUCACUUGCUACUACACUAUCACAUGUAUAGUGAGGCAUGUGCUUUUAAUACAGAUUUGUAAUUGUUUACUAUUUUAUUUUAGUCAUUUACUUAUUCAAAAAGAAAAGAGAAAUCAAGGUAAAAAUAAAAAUAAUGUAUCAAUUAUUGUUUGGAGUCUAAUUUGUAAAGAAGUAUAUGUAGUUAGUUAAAGGUAGACUAUCUCAGUUGAUCGCACAUCAAAUUCUUAUGAUUGAUUCAAUGCACAUAAGUCAGGUGCAUGAUUAUUCUUAAAAAUGUUCUUUGCUAUUGAACAAGAUUGUUUUGUACAUGCUGUAAUUUUAUGACAAUUGUCAAAGUCAAGUUUUACAUA